GAACAUAAAGCUUCCAAAAAACAAGCCGGUAAAAAAAUUGGUAUUAAGGAACAUAUAGUUUCCGAUAAAAAUAUAAAGGAACAUAAAGCUUCCAAAAAACAAGCCGAUAAAAAAAUUGGUAUUAAGGAACAUAAAGUUUCCAAUAAAAAUAUUAAGGAACAUAAAGCUUCCAUAAAAUUGGUCGAUAAAAAAGUUGACACUGAGGAGCAAAAAGAUUCCAUAAAGCCAGCUGAAGAUUUUACUGGCAAUAUAUUGUUAGAAAAAUAUUUUGCUUUAGGACAUGAAGAUCCUUUAGCACCAGCCGAUGAAUUUAACGGCAAUAUCGAUAAUUGUUCAAUACUGAGUGAAAGAGGCUCAGAAAUAACGAAUCAUAAAUGUGAAAAUGAAAAUGAUGAAUUGUCAAAUUUGAAAGAAUACAUAAGGUAUAAAAUCAGUGAAACACAUCCUGAAGUGGAUACAAGUUUUCCAUUCAGAACUGAUGUAAGAGCAGAGAUAAAGACAGAGGGCAAGGAGCCUAUAUGGAGCAAGCAGUAUCCAUAUCCUCUCUCUGUAAAUUCUUUCGUAAAUAAAGAAAUCAACAGAAUGUUGAAUGAAAAAAUUAUAAGGCAAGUAGAAGUCCUUAUAAUUCACCAAUUUGGGUGGUACCAAAAAAGGGUACAAAUGACGAUGGCUCACCAAAAUCUAGACUGGUCAUCGAUUAUAAAAAAAUAAACGAGAAAACCAUUCCCGAUCGUUAUCCUAUACCGGAUACGAAUAUAAUUUUGUCAAAUUUAGGGAAAGCAAAGUACUUCUCAAGUAUUGACUUAGAGUCCGGCUUUCACCAGAUCUUAAUGUCGAAAAGCGACAUAGAAAAGACAGCUUUUUCUGUCAAUAAUGGAAAAUAUGAGUUCUUGCGUAUGCCUCUCGGUCUUAAAAAUGCUCCCAGAAUUUUUCAAAGAGCAAUGGACGAUAUAUUACGCGAUCAAAUUGGGAAAAUAUGUCAUGUUUAUAUGGAUGAUAUAAUUAUUUUUUCAGAAAGUUUAGAACAACACAUAGAAGACUUGGAAUUAAUAAUUGAAAUACUGAGAAAAGCUAAUAUGAAAAUAUAAUAAAAUAUAAUUUUUGGGUUACAUCAUAGCCCAAAAUACGAUCAAAACAGAUCCGAAUAAAAUAAAAUUAAUGCUUAAUUAUCCGUUACGAAAAAGUUUACGGGGAUUAAGAGGAUUUUUGGGCAUCACAGGUUAUUAUCGCAAAUUCGUUAAGGAUUACGCAGCGAUUGCAAAGCCUUUGACAAAAUACUUGUCGGCAGAAAACGGCAGGGUUUCAAAAAAUAUGUCAAAAAAAGUAUUAAUCGAAAUUGAUGAAGCAGGCAUAUCCGCUUUUAACAAACUAAAAAGAAACUUAGCGCCAGAAAUGGAAUUGACGCAACCCGAUUAUUCAAAAAAAUUUGAGUUGACUACCGACGCAUCAAACGUUGC